CACAUCCUGGAGCGACUGAGCGUACGUGAUAUUUUAAACCAGUAAAUAAACCCCACUGUGCAUGAUCGUUUCACCUCUGUAUCUGUUCUCCCUCGAUCCCCCACUCAGUUCCCAACUCGAGGGUUUUUCAAUAAUCCAUUUUCCCUCCAAAUUUAUCUCUAACUUUGCUCCGCUUCUUCUCUAACCUUAAAUUCCUCCUCUUUUAGGGUUUAUUAAAGAUCUUAUGUGAUUAUUUUCCCACCCCAAUCUCUAUUUAUGCUUCUUCAAGGAUUCAGUUGAUCUGGGGUUCUUGAAUUUCGUUUCUUUCUUUUUGUUUUUGAAUACCACCUUAGUGUUUCUAGAACUAGCUUCUCCCUUUUUCUCUCCUUGUUUCCUGAGGAAAAUUUUGUUAUCUCAUGGUUCUUGGGCUUCUAGUAUUUCAAUUGGUUGAUGAUUAAUGGAUUAUUUUUGACAUGAGGGUUCAAAUAUGAGCAAUGGAGGUGCACAGAGCACACAGGGAAUACCCAAAGCGGAUGACUUUGGUUGGGCGGUGUCGAGAAUUGCAGUUGCGCAAAUAUGCGGGGCCCUGGGGUUUCAGGGUUUCAAAGGUUCGGCUUUGGAUGCACUUACUGAUUUAGCAAUCCGUUACCUCAUUGACCUUGGCAAGACUGCAAGCUCUCACGCUAAUUUAUCAGGUAGAACCCAAUGUAAUUUAUUUGACAUAGUUCGAGGGUUUGAAGAUAUGGGUGCACCACGAGGGAUUUCGGGUGCAUCAAAUUCUGGCAAUAAUAUUAUUAAUUCGGGUACUGUUAGGGAGAUAAUUGAAUUAUUGGGUUCUACUGAGGAGAUCCCUUUUGCUCAACCAGUGCCACAUUUUCCAGUUAUUAGAGAUAGGAGAUUAAUUCCUAGUUUUUUAAACAUGAGUGAAGCACCACCUGGGAAACAUAUCCCAGCUUGGAUGCCUGCUUUUCCUGAUCCUCACACGUAUGUCCACACUCCUGUGUGGAAUGAGAGGGUCGCUGAUCCUCGUGCAGAAAAAAUUGAGCAAGCAAGGCAGAGGAGAAAGGCAGAGAGGGCCUUGUUAAGUUUGCAGCAGAGGUUGGUGAGCAAUGGCUCAUCAGGAGCAUCUUCUUCAGAGACUAGUAAUGACAAUGUUAAGGAAUUAGGAGUAGUUGAGUCUAACACAUUUCUUUACACGCCUUUGAAACCUGGGGAGAAGGGUGUUUCUGCUGUUGUGUUGCCAGACAAGCUAAAAGACUGUGUUUGUUUGAUGGAGGCAUUUGCACCUGCUAUUGAAGCUGCAAAGGAAGGUGGCCUUGUGGAUGGUGGAGAUAGUGAUAAUGAGAGAAGGUUGCUUCCUGAGAAGAGGCCUGCUGUGAACUUCAAAUUUAAAACUGGGAAGAAGUUAUUAGGUGAGCCUUUGGAUUUGAGUCUUUCAAGAAAGGGUGGAGGGAGAGCAGGGCAUUGGUUAGUGCGGGAUGAGGAGAGGGAUGAUAAGAAGAGGAGAGCAGAGUAUAUACUAAGACAGUCUAUGGAAAACCCACAGGAACUCACCCAGUUGUAAAGUAAUUCAUUGACUGACUAGCUUAUUCAGCAAUGGCUGUAGUAGUGGGCUAUGGGGGCAUAUUGCAUGCAUAUUAUGAGAUUCUGUUGUUAGUCCCUUCUAUUCCUAUUAACAAUUUUUGGAGAACUUCUUUAUCGGAGAUACAAGUGCCCAUUUUUCCUCCCAUUUAUUUAUAGUGAGAGAAGGUUGUGGUUUCCCCACUCGAAUGAGUUGGUGGAUCUCUCAGGCGCAUACUGCACGGGGAAGUGGGGAAGCGCAAAAUCUCAUUCUAUGCAAUGGUUCCUAUUUUGGAGUUGCUAUUUUGCAAUUUCGCUAUGUAGUUGUUUUGAUUUUCGAUUGGUAGAUUUCCUGAAAAGGGACAAUUGAUUGUGCACCUCUAACUUGGACCAAGUAUUUUUGUUUUUAGAGCAACUUGGGAAUGCUAAGUUAAAAGAUUUGCUAUGGGUAUAUUUAGAUAAUUUUUAUAGUUUA